AUGGCACAGAUCACCGAUGCGAGCUUGCGCGAAACCAUCACCGAGCGCCUUCAAGCAAUCCAUGUCGAGGUGACUGACAUGUCAGGUAUCUCUACCGUCCUCAGCUCUAUUCUGAUUACCAAUAAAGUUCGGUUCCAGGGCCUCAACUCUUUGAAGCGCCACCGCCUCGUCAACAGCGCGCUCAAGGAGGAGAUCGCCAGCAUCCACGCCUGGACGGCCAAGUGCAAGACGCCCGAGGAAUGGGAGCGAGAUCGGGGCCAAGAUGCGCCGUCGUUGGAGGGUACGGUGGGAGGCCAGGUUCAGGGCACAGCGCAGUAA